AUGCUUACCUUGCUUGUGAUAAACGAAGUCUUGACCAACUAUUGGAUGAAUAACAGAUAUCUCAAAAAUUACUUAAACAACACCAUCAUUACAGCCUUGAUAGGAAUUGCAGCCGGCUUAUUUCUAUUGUUUAUUGAUAAAUCUUCACUUUUACAAGAGUACAGACAAGGAUUCAGUCAAUUCUUCUUGAUUGUGUUAUUGCCACCCAUAUUAUUUGAAAGCUCAAUUAAUAUGGAAAAAGCUUUGUUUUUUCAAAAUUUUGGUAGUAUUGUGAUGUACGCAGUCAUCGGAACCUUGAUAGCAACAUUUGUAACAGCAUUUAGCUUAUAAUUGGUCGGAUUGCUGAUCUCGGUAAUAUUAUAUUAUAAUUACAAAUUAUCAUUGACUAGUAGUUAUGCAUUUGGAUCUUUGAUAUCUUCCACUGAUCCAGUAGCUGUUUUGGCAAUAUUUAAAUAGUUAGAUGCAGAUAAACAUGUUCACAUACUUCUUUAUGGAGAAAGUAUUCUAAAUGAUGCUAUUUCCCUUUUGCUAUAUGAAAUAUCGCAAAGGAUGUGGAAUCAAGAAGUUGUGGGUUAUGGCGGAGCAAUUAAAGAAUUUUUAACUAUGUUUGUUGUGUCGAUUGCAAUUGGUGUUAUAAUUGGAGUUCUAUGCGCAUAUGUAUUGAAGGAGGAAGUGUCUUAUGAGACAGAACACAUUGAAGUCUCAGUUACUGUAAUAAUUCCAUGGGUCUGUUAUUUGAUAUCCCAAGCCGUUGGUUAUUCAGGAAUAGUGAGCAUAGUAUUUUGCGGCAUUGUUAUGGCGAAGUAUGCAUUGCCUAAUUUGUCGGAAAGUGGAAAAGAAUUAUUAAAUAAAUUCUAUCAUAUAUUGUCAUACAAUUUUGAAAAUUUGGUCUUUCUUUUCAUAGGGAUCGGUGUAGUUGGAUACGAUUUGGCUUGGAAUGAGAUGGGAAUAGUGUUGGCUAUAUCUUCCAUUGUGAUUGUCAUAGUGGCCAGAUUUCUCAACAUAACCCUUGUCAGUUUUGUGCUCAAUCGAUAUCGGCAUGACAAUUUUAUUAAGCCAAAUCAUCAGAGAGCUAUGUGGUUUUGUGGAUUAAGAGGUGCAAUGGCUUAUGCUUUGGCUUUAGAUGCUGCGGAUACUUUCAAAGAGGAAGGAGAAAUUAUAUUGACAAUGACAGUAGUUAUCAUUGCUCUAAAUAUCUUUGUUUAGGGGUCAGCCUUGUAGUAUGUUUUGGAGAAAUGUGACAUUCAAGAGAAACCUAAGGAGAUCUCGUCCGAAAUAAAUGUGAAGGAUUGCCAAUCAGAUAGUGGGAUUAGAGUGGUGUAUCAAAAGGGAUGGGCGCAUAGGAUGAAGGAUUGCUUGGAGAAGUGUGAUGAGAAGGUUUUCCAGGAGUUUUUGGUGAAGAAGCGAGAGCUCACUCCAGUAAGACAGGCAGAGUCACAUUGAAGAAUUUAAUUAA